GUUUAGCACAUCUCACGUGUGUUUACUUUGAAUACACUUUCAUUUGUUGUCACUUAUAGUCAUUUAGAAACAUAUACUUCAUUGAGAUAUGAAUCAAAUGAAUAUCUUCGCCACAAUUGGUGCCAAAUUUGGCACAAAUUACAGAUUUAGUCAACACUUGUCACACAUGAUAACUCGACACAUGGCCUCCACAGUGUCUGCAGACAUGGAUCCGACCCACACGACUGACUCGUCGGCCAGAGACCCGACGAGAGACCGGACACGUGUUGUUAGUCCCCAACAGAGUAUCCAAUAUGUGAAGAGCACUGCUUUCGCGGAAACGUACGCUCACUAUAAGGUGUGGCAGUUGUAUCGGCGCAACUUUAAGGGACAGUUCUCUCCCUUCAGAUCCCGAGACAAUUGUAUUAUUGAUAACUAUAUCUAUACAUCAAAUCCGUGUCCAGUUUGUCGCGACGAAUACCUCGUACUUCACUAUACAAAUAUGGAUCUAUUGAAUCAAUUUAUUAAUCCUCAUUCGGGUUAUGUCUACGAGAAUACCAUUCUAUGUNGUUUUGCCACUAAAUAUGAGAGUAAGGGUUUGGGUGGAUAG